UUUACAUAUCCACCAUGCACUACAGUCUUUUCAGGAGCACUAGGGUUCCUCACUCCAUCACUCUUUUUAAGGCACAAUCCCUAACCCUUCUUCCUUUGAGCCAUGGAUGCCUGCAAACCCUAUAUCGCUGCAAUCAUGGUGCAACUCACGUACACAGGCUUCUACGUGAUCUCUAAGUUCAUCUUCGACAAGGGUGUCAGCACCUACGUCUUUGUCUUCUAUCGACAAGCAGCUGCCUCUCUGUUGUUAACGCCGAUAUCCUUCGUUUUUGAGAGGAAAAAGUCUCCGCCAUUGACACCUGCAAUUGUUGGGAAGCUGUUCUUGCAUGCAUUGAUUGGAAUUACUUGGAGCUUGAAUAUGAACAACAUAGGGCUCAAGUACACUACAGCAUCACUAGCUUCAGCAUGUUCGAAUACUGUCCCUGUGUUCACCUUCUUCUUGGCCCUGUUGCUCAGGAUUGAAAGCCUUAAACUGAAGAGUCUGCCAGGAAUAGGGAAGGCAACAGGAAUAACACUUUGUUUUGCAGGUGUAAUGACAAUUGCCUUGUACAAAGGCCCUCACAUCUCCCCUCUGUAUCAUCUCCAUGGCCACCGUGACCAUAACCAAAGCUCUGCAGAUCAUGCAUCAGCUCCUUCCAUGGCAACCUGGAUCAAAGGAUCUCUGUUCGUCAUCAUCUCCAACUUAACCUGGUCAAUGUGGUUAGUUCUACAGGGUAAGAUACUUAAAGAAUUCCCAUCGAAGAUACUUUUUACAACUCUUCAGUCCCUCUUCAGUGCCUUUCAGUCCCUUUUUGUAGCCAUGGCAUUUGAGAGAGAGGCCUCCAAAUGGAAGCUGCAAUUUGAUAUGGGUCUAGUUGCUGUUCUCUAUGGUGGAUUUAUUGUGACUGCCGUUUCGUUCUAUUUACAAAGUUGGAUUGUCGAGAAGAAGGGUCCUGUCUUUGUGGCAAUAUUUACCCCGCUAGGUCUUGUCUUCACCAUGCUUUGUUCGAUUAUUUUACUAGGAGAGGUGAUUUCUCUAGGAAGUGUUGUAGGUGGAUUCCUGAUGGUUGGAGGUCUUUACAGUGUUCUAUGGGGAAAGAGUAAGGAGAACAUGCUCUGCGACCUUCCAACUCAAGUCGAAAAAUCGGAUGUGCAAGAGAAGGAAACAACAUGAGUUUUAUCUGUUUGGCCAUGCACUUGUAUCAAUUAUCCUUUUAGCUUCUAUGAGUUUGUUCCUGCAGCUGUGAAUUGCUAUUUGUUAUAGAAAGAACAUGCUACUAAUAGUGUUCCGGUCCGAGAACGAGGGUGGAUUAAAUUCUAUGGAACUCGUUUUUGUUGACUUUCGUCAAGUCUGGACAGCUUCUUCAAUUCAGCUUCUUCAACUCAGAUCUGAUCCUGUUUAAAAAUUGGAGAGAUCGUACACUAGGCAGGUGGCUGCAUUGAUGACUGUAUGAAGACUUUGAAUUAGAGAAAAAGAUAUUUCUUUUUUCUCUCUGCAUAUAUAAAAGAGGGCUGAUGUGCGUAGAUUAUAUGUAUUAUUUUGUAUUGUUUAAUGUACAUCUUUCUGUAUUAAUUGUCUGUGAUCUAUG